GAUGGCCGCAGUGCGAGUGCUGGGAAUCUGGAGCCGGAAUGCUGGGCGGCUGAUUUGUGUUCGCUACUUUCAAACCUGUAGUAAUGUUCAUGUUUUGAAGCCAAAAUAUGUGUGUUUCUUUGGUUAUCCUUCAUUCAAGUAUAGUCAUCCACAUCAGUUGCUGAAAACAACUGCUGCUCUGCAGGGACAAGUUGUUCAAUUCAAACUCUCAGACAUUGGAGAAGGGAUUAGAGAAGUAACUAUUAAAGAAUGGUAUGUAAAAGAAGGAGAUACAGUGUCUCAGUUUGAUAGCAUCUGUGAAGUUCAAAGUGAUAAAGCUUCUGUUACUAUCACUAGUCGUUAUGAUGGAGUCAUUAAAAAACUGUAUUAUAAUCUAGACGAUAUUGCCUAUGUGGGAAAGCCAUUAGUAGACAUAGAAACGGAAGCUUUAAAAGAUUCAGAAGAAGAUGUUGUUGAAACUCCUGCUGUGUCCCAUGAUGAACACACACACCAAGAGAUAAAGGGCCAGAAAACACUGGCCACCCCUGCAGUUCGCCGCCUAGCAAUGGAAAACAAUAUUAAGCUGAGUGAAGUUGUUGGCUCAGGAAAAGAUGGCAGAAUACUUAAAGAAGAUAUUCUCAACUAUUUGGAAAAGCAGACUGGAGCUAUAUUACCUCCUUCACCAAAAGCUGAAAUCGUGCCACCUCCACCCAAACCAAAAGACAGAACUAUUCCCGUACCAAUAUCAAAGCCUCCAGUAUUCACAGGCAAAGACAAAACAGAACCCAUAAAAGGCUUUCAUAAAGCAAUGGUCAAGACCAUGUCUAUAGCCCUGAAGAUACCUCACUUUGGGUAUUGUGAUGAGGUUGACCUUACUGAACUGGUUAAGUUACGAGAAGAAUUAAAACCCAUUGCUUUUGCCCGUGGAAUUAAACUCUCCUUUUUGCCCUUUUUCUUAAAGGCUGCUUCCUUGGGACUACUACAGUUUCCUAUCCUUAAUGCUUCUGUGGAUGAAAACUGCCAGAACAUAACAUAUAAGGCUUCUCACAACAUUGGGAUAGCAAUGGAUACUGAGCAGGGGUUGAUUGUCCCUAAUGUGAAAAACGUUCAGAUCUGCUCUGUAUUUGAGAUCGCCACUGAGUUGAACCGCCUUCAGAAAUUGGGCUCUGCAGGUCAGCUCAGUACCACUGACCUUACAGGAGGAACAUUUACCCUUUCCAACAUCGGAUCAAUUGGUGGGACCUAUGCCAAACCAGUGAUACUGCCACCCGAAGUAGCAAUUGGGGCUCUCGGAUCCAUCAAGGUCCUUCCCCGAUUUAACGAGAAAGGAGAAGUGUUUAAGGCACAGAUAAUGAACGUGAGCUGGUCAGCUGAUCACAGAAUUAUCGAUGGUGCUACAAUGUCACGCUUCUCUAAUUUGUGGAAAUCCUACUUAGAGAACCCAGCUUUUAUGCUCCUAGAUCUGAAAUGA